AUGUUUUUACAAACCUACAUCAUCAGUAUCAUAACUUUCUUCGGCUUCCAGUCGAGCUUCCCAUUGCUCCGUGCACCAUAUGAAGCGGAGUCACCUCAAAUCCCAAUUGCGCCAGGCACUCUAUCGUUUGUGCCUCCAGGCGCUGCUGAGGAUGAGAGUGCCCAUGGUCCCUUCAAAUGCCAUUAUCCUGCUAUGGCAGCCGAGUACACCUACGAUCCCUCGCCUAACAACCGAGGUGUUUGGCUGAAACAUCGGACCGAUGCUUCUAAGGAUUUUACUAUACACACGGACUAUGAAGUUAGGGCUCCUACUGGAAUCGAACGCAAAUACUUCCUCACCGUGGGCGAGGAUACGAAGCGUCCUGCGAAUUGGGAUGGCAUCGACUUUCCAUAUGCCAAGCUGUUUGACAAGUCUUUCCCUGGCCCUUGGAUACAGGCGUGCUGGGGGGACGUAGUGAACAUCACCGUCAAGAACACCCUCUUCAAGAACGGGACUGCGAUUCACAUGCAUGGCAUUCGCCAGUUCGGGUCCACCCUCAUGGACGGCGUCCCUGGAAUCACUCAAUGCCCCAUUGCACCCGGGGACACCUUCAGCUACGUGUUCAACACGACUCAAUAUGGAUCCACCUGGUACCACAGCCAUUACAGUUUGCAGUACUCUGAUGGCCUGCUGGGUCCGAUGACGAUCCACGGUCCCACAUCCGCCAACUUCGACAGCGCCCUGGACCCGAUCCUCAUCUCUGACCACAACCACCGCAGUGCGUUCAUGGACUACUACCAGGAGCAGUUUGCGAAUCCUGUCGCAAAUCCGCCCCGCGUGCCUCCUAAACAGACUAGUAUUCUGAUCAAUGGACAGGGUAAUUAUGCCGGAUCAUUCCCCAAGAAUCGAUAUCAUAGGAAGGUGAAGCCCGGAAAAAGAUACAUUCUACGCCUGAUCAACGCGUCCACGGAUAGCACGUUUAUUUUCAGCAUCGAUGGUCACAACAUGACGGUCAUCGGCAGUGACUUGGUCCCAGUCGAACCGUAUAGAACAAAUCACAUCUAUAUUGGAAUUGGCCAGCGCUACCACGUCGUCCUCGAAACCCUAAGCAAGAAACAGAUUUCUAGAUCCAAACAGGGCUAUUGGAUCCGCACCGAGCCCGCAGAGGGAUGCCACAACUUCGAGACCUUCCCGGACGACAGACAGGGCAUCCUUUGGUACGGGGAUGACAACGAAGAUGAACCUCCGGUACCGACCACGACAGCCUGGCCGUACAAUUCCACUUGCAGUGACAUGCUCGACCUGGUCCCCAUCGCCUCCGUCACGAUCGACACCUGGUUCCUGCCCGCGGAGGGCAACGACGCCGCCGCAACGGUCAACGUGUGGCAGUUCCUGAACGACACCGUCUUCGUCAACUACACCGAGCCCACCGUCAACCACCUCAACCCGCCCUACGACCCUAAUGCCGUUAUCUACUUGGCUGAGGAACCACCAGUGGGUUCUCCACAAACAUCCACCUGGAACUAUAUGAUCUUGAUCGGGGGGAAUUUGGAUAAUCCCACCCCGGUGUCGGGGGGCCGCUUGGUACCUGUUGCUCAUCCGAUCCACCUCCACGGCCACGACUUCGCCAUCCUCCAAUACUCUGAGUUUCCCUACGACGGCCCCGGGUCCCUCGACCUCUCCCUGGACAAUCCCCGCCGCCGCGACGCCGUCCUCCUCCCCAGCAACGGGUUCAUCGUCAUCGCCUUCAAGACCGACAACCCGGGCGUCUGGACCCUGCACUGCCACAUCGCGUGGCACGCGUCCGGGGGCCUCGCACUGCAGGACCUAGAGCUGAAGGAGGUGCUGGCUGCGCAGAUCGCGCAGGUCCCGACGACCUUCGCGAAGCAGCAGCUAGAUCGGACAUGCGACAACUGGGAGCGGUGGUAUGCGAAUCCGGCGAAUCAUUGGAAUCCAAAUGGGCGGUUUCAGGAUGAUUCGGGGAUUUGA